GUUAUUUUCAUUUUUCCUCAUUAGAUGGAGCCACAACCGCACCGACAUCUAGCGGGAAGUGAUAGAAGUAUAGUAGCACUUGAUAUUUUCUUCACAGAAUUCAUUUUCGUAGUAUGCUAACGUUGAUCACAGGAUGGUGCAAUUUUUUGAUGCUAAAUCAAAUCGCCAUUUUGCAAUUUAGCCCUUUAAAUCCCAAGCCUUAUGAUAAUUUGAACAAUAUUUGUAAUUUUGUAGUAAUUAUGCAUAUUUUGGAAAUUACUAAAACCUAUGGUAGUGAAGGAAUAGAAUUGUGGUGAGAAUAAGAAGGUGGCUGUGAAGAAAAUGUGCUCUGGCGACAAACUGUCACUUAGUUUAGUAAACAUAACCUCAGGACUAGGUAUAUCUGCAUGGCUUUUAUCUAUUACUAGAUACUGUCGGAUACUGCAUAACAUAUUUGAAGAAGUGCAAGCAGAGCUUACUUCAGGUUAAAAUUUUUUCUACGAACAAAAUGGAAUUUUCCGAAAAAGAUGUUCAGGAGGCGCAGGUUUUUGGUGAAUUUUACAUCGAUAAAAUGGAGAACCAUAGGAACACAUUACAAUAUUAUCUUUGUGAGAAUGUUGUACUGGAUUGGUUUGGCAAAACGGUGAAGGGUGAUAAAACCGUAAGCGCCUUUUUGAAGAAAACCUUGGCAUCAGUGAAUCACAUCAUGACUGAUGCUGUACCAGUGAAAAAAAUUGGAUUCAGAGAUACACACGUUGUUAAUGUUCCUAAGGAACCAAAGUUUAUUCCAAUGGGUCUAAUGACUCCUCCUCGAAUAUGCCAUCAGAAGAUGUUAUUCAAAACCCCCAAGAAGCAAAAUGGUGCCUCAACUAGCAGUCUGUUCCAACCAAAAGAGAACAACAAGGAGAAAGGCCAGGGAGAUGGUAUCCACAAUCUUUUAGACGUGGAAACCUCUCCUGUCAAAAAAUUCAAAGCAUCCAAUGGUGAUCCGGUAGUGAGCAACUUAGAGCUAGUAGAAAGUGAAUGUGAUCUGGUAAUGCCUCAAGUUAAGUAUGUCCUAAUGGACGGUGCCAUAGAAUUCCAUAAGCCCAGCUCUAAAAAACUUCAAAGUGAGACUAAGUGGAAGAGACCUAGUAAGUUAAGUGUAGCUUAUUCUAAGACGAACUGCGAAUAUACGAUUUAUUUGAUCAUUUAUGAAGGGAAUGUGAAGUGCAGAAGGAAUCUUUUGAAGGAGUUUGAGGAGGAAGAGCCUGAAAAUUGAUUUCGUGGAAGAAAUUGAUCUUUAUAAUUUUUCUCCAUUACAUUUUGAUUUGACUUUCGAUGCAAGUGGUAUGUAUAGCUUACAGAUGCUCUCAAAGAGCGUGGCUUCCUUUGAUUAUUGACAUUGACAAAAAAAAAUGGUAUGAUCGGGCACAAUAUACUUGCAAAGUGAUAUUGAGUUAUUUUUUGUUCCAUUCUCUGGACUUACGGGUGACAGGAGAGUUGUCUUUGCUUUACAUUUUCGGAAAAACAGUUCCAAAGCAAUUUUAUAAUCAGUGUAACAUAUGUAAUUUAGGCGGUUGUCUGUGAUAGUUUGCAAUCUAAUGUCUUGGUUGCAUCAACAUAUACAAUGGUGGUCAAAAAAAUAAGAGUGGGCAUUUUGAAAACCAAUAACAUAAUUAAAAGUCAGAUAUAUAUAUAUAUAUAACUUGAGACGUGGUCAUUGUCGUUUAGACCAGUUAGGUGAAAAAUAAAGCUUUUGUUGGGUACUCCGACAAAAUUCAAGCAAAGAGGACUCUUUAUACUUUAUUAAUCUCUAGCUUUCAAUGGACUUUGCCAUCUUCAUCAGGAGAGUCGUAUGUGAGAUUGUUGCUAAAUGUUAUUAACGUUUAGGUGGAGGGAAACAACCAGUAACCUGGUGAAUGCUGGAUACAUGGUACAUUCGUCAAAACUACACACAGCUGUAGGUCAGGAACAAAUUAAAACGGAUUAAAAAUAUUUAAAACAAAAGUUAAAAAUUACAUCGUGAACCACCUGAUGCUGCACAAGAUAGGUGAUCAUGUGCCCAUUGAAAGCUAGAGAUUAAUAAAGUAUAAAGUGUCUUCUUUGCUUGAAUUUUGUUUUUAGUACCCAACAAAACGCAGAAGCUUUAAUGUUCACAUAUAUAUAUAUAUAUAUAUACAUAUGCUACUUAAGCAAUCUGUAAUCAACUUUAUAAUAUUAGUAAAGACUCGAAAAAUAAAAGUUAACAAUUAAGAUUUUGUGAAAAUACAAGUGGUCAAAAAAAUAAGAGUAAAUUUAACCAAUAGAUAAAACAGACAGAACACUGCAUUUAAUUAACAUAUUUUUAUUUCUAAUUAACGAAUAUUUUUAGUACUUGAUAGUAACCCUUGUUCUUCAGGACAGCACCACAUCUGCUUGGCACUGAGUCGAUAAGUUUGUGGCAGGUUUACGGAGGUAUUGAAUACCAUGUUUUUUUUAACUUCUUUCCCAAAGUAACUUUUGGUUUGUUGUAUUUUUGUGUGAUAUUCGAUGCUUCAAUUCCAAAGAUUCAAGUCAGGAGACUUUGGAGGCCACGGCAAAACUUGAACUUUCUUCGACUGGAACCGUGUUUUACUACCUUUGCUGUAUGCUAAGGAUCAUUGUCCUGUUGGUAGAUCCAACGUAGUGACAUAUUUUCCUCGGCUUCGGUAGCAUAACAUUCUCCAUGAUUGUAAUAAAUUCCUUGUCAUAUUUCUUUUAUACAAAAAUAGGUACAGUACAGUCCCGCUAAUCGGAACAUCCGGAUAAUCCGAACGGCUCCACGGCGAAAAUUUUAUAAUUUUAAGGACGCAAAUCGGUGAAUAUUUCAAUAUAAAGUAACCUUAGUUCAAAACAGUUCUUUAUUUAAUAUUUACGCACUGUACAUCAAGUUAUGGUACAAAUUUUUAAAUGGAAUAAACUACAGAACAGAACACUAAUGUUUAGUAUGAAAAAUUGUACAACAUAAGAUUAAAUAUAUAUAAAACAUGUACAGUACAGUACUGAUAAUGUAGUGAACAAGUACCUUAUUACAUGACUUCAGUUAUUGUUUUCUGACGCAACGAAGACAGUCUUUUCGAUGAUGUGUAACGACUGACGGCCAACAGUACGGGCACACGCACACGCAGCCACACUGUCAUUGAGUCAGGACAGUCAAUGACCGAGCUAAUCCGUUACUCCGGCCAAUCCGAACAGGGGUCGGUCCGAUAUUGUUCGGAUUAUCGGGACUGUACUGUAUAACGCCAGAAUAUGAAAAGCAACCCUAUAUUUUUAUGUUCCCUCCGCCAUGCUUAACCGUUCCUAUUGUGUAGCACGAAUUCAGUUCCCUAUUUGGACCUCUCCUUACGUAAACCCUUCCAUCAGAUCCAAACAAAUUUAUUUUUGUUUCAGCGCUAAAAAUGACAUUUUUCCAAUUGCGACUGUAGGUGUCGUUUAGAUUAUUCCUUGCAAACUCCAUUCGUUGCAGUAUAUGCUUUUUAGAUAAAAGGGGAACUCUUCUGGCAACUCUGCCAUGAAGAUUCAUUUCUUGCAAACGUCUUUUUAUUGUUCUAGUGCUGCUAGAUAAGCCUAAUUGAUGUUUUAUAACGAAUGAAUUACCAAAUGGAUCUCUAACAGCUUCAGGAGCAAUCCUUUUAUCCAUACGUGGCAUUGUUUUUCUUGGACGACCUCUUCUUUCUGGUUGUUUCUCAGCAGUUUUUUGUUCUUUUAGUAUUUUAGCUCUCACACAAGGGGAUCUUUUAAGUACACUCAAAAUAAAUGCGUAGGUUUUGUUUUGACUUCGCAUGUGUAAUAUUAAACGCCGUUCUUCUGGCGUACAAUGUUUCGCGCGUGCCAUGUUGCAAAGAAAGGACCGUCAAUAAACUCUGCAAGUACUGUACUAAGCAUAGAAAUAUUCUACUGGCUAUAAUAGCAAAAACAUUUAACAUACUCUUAUUUUUGGUCCACAAAAUUUCCCAUACAUACUAUAACUGAUAAAAAUGAAUAGCCUUGACAUUCCAAAUGUGUAUUUUUUCAGCAUGUAAAGCAUAAAUCUUAAUCUUGUGUAAUGCACUAUCCAAGAAAAAAAUUACUUUGCAGUCACCUUGACAAUUUGGUUGUUACAUAACAUUUAAGAUAUUUUUCUUUUACACUCUUAUUAUUUCUGACCACCACUGUAUAUAUUUGCCAGGUAUACUAUAUGCGGAAAUAACAAGUUUGUAAAAUUACACUGACUUAGACGCCAAUUGAUUGAUCAGUAUCCAAGACGACAGUUUUUUAUCCUUGAGCAUGUCAA